UACAACAAGGAGGAUGCGCAGCACAAGCAAAGCGGGACCUUUUCACCCUUCUCUGCUCCUAUUCUGCAUGCCAGAACUUUCACCAUGAAGGGUUUGAAGACCAUCACUUUAACUUAUGUUACGCUCUUACUGGCUGCAUUUGCCACGCAAACCUGGAGUGCACCAAAGGGUUCUUUCCAAAGGAGAAACUGGACCCCGCAGGCUAUGCUGUACCUGAAAGGCACUCAAGGACGCAGGUUCAUCUCAGAGGACCGAAAAGAGGGAGACGUGUAUGACACAUUACACUUAGAGACCCGCAGCCAGAAUACAGAGAAGCUGAGUGUGGACCAAGCCGCCACUAUUUUACUCAACUUUUUGCAGCAGUCCAGGGAUGGAGCAGAUGAAAACCCGGACAAAGUGUACUUUCAGGAGAUGCCGGUGUGGAAGAGAGAAUACUUCUGAGUACUCCCUUAUAAAACUGCUGGAGAAGAAAAGAUGUUUUUGUACAUUGUGUGAAUUACCCUGAGUAUAUUUCAAGCGUGAUGUUUUCAUAAACGACAAUAAAAAUAUUAUUUCA